UUCUGUUUAAAAAUGGACGCGUCCUGCUCGAGUCAGGCUAAUUCUACAAGGUUAAAAUACAGCUUUACGGACAACUAUGCUGUAUUUUAAAAGACAUGACAGUAUGGAGCAGCUCCGACAGAUUCGUUAAGCUCUGCUCUGUUUACAGGAUGUCUCUGAAGAAAGCUUCGGCGUGUCUGCAGAGGCUGCAGAUCUUACACCUGACCCCCUUAAGAAAGAAGCCCUUCAUCAGUGCCAUGCUCACCCAAAACAGACCUCUACACUGUGCCACUCAUCAGCUCCAGUGCAGAAACCUGGACGAUCCAACUCCAGCCACAUCUGCUGCCUCAGCAAGUUCAUUCACAGACAAAACAGCAGAGAAUGGACAGUGUCCUUCUGAGCCUGCACGCCCGGGACCUCCUCCCCCUCCCACUUGUUGCUGCAUGAGUGGCUGCCAUAACUGUGUCUGGAUUGAGUACGCUGAGCAGCUGCUGAAAUACUACAGUGACGGUGGAGAGAAAGCUCUGGCUGCCAUAGAGGAGAACAUUCAGGAUGAGAACCUCAAGACUUACCUUAAAAUGGAGAUCAGGCUACUCAAGAGGCCUUGAUUUUUAUUUUUUUUCCCUUUAACCCCUACAAGACUGUUGAAUUCUCUCUGCUUUUUAAAAUGCUGUCAUAGUUUGAGAAGGUGUAUGCACGUUAGCUCAGUUUUGAUGGUGAGAUCUUAAAUUUUAUGAGGUCAAAAGCCUUUGCAACCUUCUAAAACGCUGCACUGUCGACUUUUGUGAAUUUGUGACCACCUAUGACCAUGUUAGAUAUAAAGACAGUACUGUAGAGUUAGAUUAGACUAAGUGACCCUUAUUAGUCCCACAACGGGGAAAUUUCACCUCCGCGUUUGACCUAUCCGUGUAGUGAAACACCACACACACACACUAGUGAAUGCACACACACUAGGGGGCAGUGAGCACAAAUGCCCAGAAGCAGUGGGCAGCCCUAUCCACAGUGCCCAUCGAGCAGUUGGGGGUUAGGUGCCCUCAGUCAUGUACUGUCUGCUCAGGGGAUCAAACUGGCAACCUUCCAGUCACCGGGCUGGUUCCCUAACCUCCAUGACUGCCCCCUGGAUGGAUAGACAUGCUUUUAGGAACUCUGACCAGGUUUUAUUUAUAAAAUAAUCCAGUUAGUUUACAGUUCAAGAGAUCUUGACACUCCAGGUGGCCCAGCCUGUAUUAUGCACUAGGGUUAAUUUUCCCAAACAUGCAUUAAGCGUUGUCUUGGACCAAAUUGCAGUGCCAAUGGUAAAUCACCAUUUUAGUCUAAGCCUUGGCUUAAUCAGGUUCUAGGAAGCCAGCCCUAUAUGUCCAAAUGUUUGUAGGGACCUGCUCGCCCAACGUUUCUUUAGAAAUCAGGGGUAUUAAAGGAAAGUUGCGUCAAAAAAACUAAUUGACACCGUUUUCCACUCACCCCAGACAUAGUCGAUCAGCCAAGAAAUAUUUGGGAUCUAAAUUUUUUAUGCUUUACUUUGGCUACAAGACUAAAGUUGCUAACAAACACUAGAAGUCAACAGUCACCCAAAUCUUUUCUGUCAAUAUAUGCCCUAAAUUCCACACAAUGGGCCUCAUU